AUGCUCGCGAUCACUAGCUCCCGCCGUCUGUAUCUCCCCCUCGCAUUCACGCUCUCCCUCGGUCCCAUUCUCUCUCUGUCGCAUUCGCGCUCCCUCGUGGUCCCGUUCUCCCUCUCCCUCGCAUUCACUCUCUCCGUCUAUGUUGAGCUCUCUCUCGUUCGCAUUCGAUCUAUCCGUCUCUCUUGCUCUCUUCCUCUUUCGCAAUCUCCCUCUCCGGUGCACCCGUGCUCUCUCUCGGAGCAUUCGCUCUCUCCGUCUCUACCGUGUGCUCCCCCGUUCGCAAUCGCCACCUCAGACUCUCCCGUGUACUCCCCCGGUCGCAUGCGCGCGCUUCGUCGCUCCCGUGCUCUCUCCCUUUCGCGUUCGCUCUCUCCGUGUAGGCCCCUCGCGCUCUGUCCAUCCCGUGAUCUCUCUCUUACGCGUUUGCGCGCUCCGUCCCUCCCGUCCGCUCUCCGUUUUGCAUUCUUACGAUCUGUCAACCUCUUUCGCUAUCCGUUUCGUAUUUCCGCGCUCCGUCCCUCCCGUCCGCCCUCCCUAUCGCAUUCACGCGCUCCGUCCCUCCCGUCCGCAUACGCCGGUCGCCUUCACGCACUACGCCACUCCCGUCCGCUCUAUCACGAUCGCAUUCUCUCUCUCCGUCGCUCCCGUGCGUUCCCACGGUCGCAUUCACACGCUCCGUCCGUCCGUUGCUCUGCCACCGUCGCAUUCUCGCGCACCGUCCCUCCCGUGCGUUCCCACGGUCGCAUUCUCUCUCUCCGUCCCUCCCGUGCGUUCCCACGGUCGCAUUCUCUCCCUCCCGUCCGCUCUACCUCUCGCAUCCGCUCUCUCCGUCCAUUCCGUGCGCUCUACCUUUCCGCAUUCGCGCGCUCCGUCCCUCCCGUCCGCUCUACCUCUCGCAUUCGGUCUAUCCGUCUCUCCGUGCGCUCUACCUUCCGCAUUCGCGCGCUCCGUCCCUCCCGUCCGCUCUACCUCUCGCAUUCGGUCUCUCCGUCUCUCCGUGCGCUCUACCUUUCCGCAUUCGCGCGCUCCGUCCCUCCCGUCCGCUCUACCUCUCGCAUUCGCUCUCUCCGUCCAUUCCGUGUGCUCUCCCUUCCGCAAUCGCGCGCUCCGUCCCUCCCGUCCGCUCUCCCUUACGUUCGUUAUCUCCGUCCCUCCCGUGCGCUGUCCGUACCUUAUUCGCGCGCUCCUUCCCUCCCGUCCGCUCUCCCACCGUCGCAUUCUCUCUCGCCGUCGCUCCCGUGCUCUCUCACCGUCGCAUUCUCCCUCUGUCGCUCCCAAGGGUGCUCUCGCUCGGUCGGAUUUGCCCUCUCCGUCUCUACCGUGUGCUCUCUCGUUCGCAAUCGUGCCUUACUCUUCGCAAUUGCGCGCUCCGUCGCUCCCGUCCGUUCUCCGUGCUUUCCCACCGUCGCAUUCACCGACGAAUUCGCUCUCUCUGUCCCUCCCUUGCUCUCCCACCGUCGAAUUCUCUCUCUCUGUCCCUCCCUCGCUCUCACACCGUCGAGUUCUCUCUCUCUGUCCCUCCCUCGCUCUCACACCGUCCAAUUCUCUCUCUCUGUCCCUCCCUCGCUCUCACACCGUCCAAUUCUCUCUCUCUGUCCCUCCCUCGCUCUCACACCGUCCAAUUCUCUCUCUCCGUCCCUCCCUCGCUCUCCCACCGUAGCAUUCUCUCUCUCCGUCUCUCCCUCCCUCACACUGCCCCCUCUCUCCCUCCCUCACACUGCCCCCUCUCUCGUCACUCCCCAAGUCCUCUCCUCUUCCGGGCUCUUCCUCUCUGUCCCACUCGUUCACCCCCUCCUCCCUCCUAUCCCCUCCUCCUCCCUCCCCUCCGCUCUCCUCCUCUCCACUCUCUUCCUCUCCGCCCUCUUCCUCUCUGCCCCACCUUCCCCCUCCUCUCCUCUCCCGGGCUCUCCCUCUCUCUCCCUCCCUCUCCUCCUCCCCCCUCCCUCCUCUCCUCUCACUGCCUCUUCCUCUCUGCCUCCCUCACCUCCUCCCCCUCCCUCCUAUCCUCUCACUGCCUCUUCCUCUCUGCAUCUGUUCCAUUAUCCAUCGCACGUGGUUCAAUCGAAGCCAGGCGUGCAGGGCCGUGAGACUGCCUGCGGUUGCAUCUACGAGUGGUAG